AUGCAUAUUUUACAAUUAUUACUUCUUUGCAUUCUAGUGGUAUUCGCGAGAACCGAAAAAGCUACAAAGCAGAAAUGUCCCGAGGUGGAAAUUGACGGACAUUUGUGGCCCUCAAAAAGCGUGGGAGAAAGUGUGCUUUAUUACUGUAAUGGAACUGGCUACUAUAGACGUAUUUGUUUAGGAAAGAAAACUCCGACUGGAGUAAUGGCUCACUGGAGUUCCCUUGUCAACAUGUGCAAAUGUAAGGGAGAUGAGACUUGGAAAGAGACUCCAGCAGGGCAGUAUGCAUAUAUUCCAUGUCCUGGGUCUUAUAAAGGUUAUAUUGGACGUUUUUGCACGGAAACGGGAGAAUGGGGACAUACUAAGGAUUUUUGUUAUUUACCGGAUGGACAAAAAGAGGAGGAAGAAGAAGAGUUUGAAGUUGAGUUGUAGAUAGGUUGUAAUUCAUUGUGCAUUUU